GCGUGCUGGGCGGUGCUGCCUCGGCUUGGCUCAGCUGGGCUCGGGCUCCGGCUGCCGCUUCUGUGGGGGUGGGCGGUGGGAUGACAGCGCCCGCGGCACGGAGCUGAGCGAGCCGCGAGCGAGUCGAGGGAAGAGAAGGAAGUGGAGCCGUCGCCCGGAGCUCUGUAGUCAGCCGCCACGCUGAGUCCGGACCUGAGAAGACUUCCUCGCCUGACUCCGGCCGCCGCGGCUCCGCGCCCCUAGCCGGAGCCCUGCCCCGCCUGCCCUACCUCUGGGUUCCGCGCUGGGACGCUCCCGGCCCCGCGGUCCAGGGCUUUGUGGGCGGGACGCCACGAACCCCCAGCUCUGAUCCAGCGCACCAGGGCGGACGCUCGUGGCCCACCAUAAGUGUCCGUGGUUGCGGGCUCGUCCCAGUCCCUCCACAGUGUGUGUGGGAUCCCGCAGCCUUCCGCCCGGGGUUGGUACAGGUACCCCAAGCCCUGCGCCCCCACUGCCUAGUGCAAAGGAGCCUGGACGCCCCCAGCUUCUGGUUCCCCGAGACCCGAAGCCUCAGCUCCCUUCGACCCGGUGGUUCGGACUUGGGACCGUGCGAGCGCACACGAAGCCUCGGCCAGCGUCAGCGUCCGGUGAGAGGUCCCAGACCUGCAGCCAGUCGGACUGAACUGCACCGGGCUGGUGCUGCGAGCCCGAGCUGCCACCUUCUUAACGCCCCAGGCGAGGGGCUCCGCGCGUGCCCGGAAGAGAACACACAGGGGCCCCUUCUGCCCCGGCCGCGGGCGAGAGCCGAGAGCUGCAGGGACCCUGAGGCCUGGAGGACCAGGGUGCCAAUUCUGAGGUCCUAAAGCAAGCGAGUGGUGGAGGCAGAAGUACACCUCAGCAAACCUUGCCAAACAUCCUGGAAGGUAUCUACUCCCUCUCCCUGGGGCCUGUCAGUACAGUUUCUCCUCCCAGCUCCCGGACAGGAGGGCUGCCCUGCUGACUGCAGGAACUGCUGACGGGGGAGGCGGCGUGUGAGUCAGAAGUCAGCCACAUAAUUGCGGUGCCCCAGAUCCCGUCUCCAGCCCACUAGCCUUCCCUCAGCGGCUGCCUGGGGAGAACAGCUGGUUUGGCAGCUACCUCUGGAGAAGCAGGUCCCCGGGCAGCACAGAAAGGACCAGCCAGGGGCCUCCAUGGGCACCUGAGGGCUGGGCACCAGGGCUGCAGGCACGAGCAUGGUGAGACACCAGCCUCUGCAGUACUAUGAGCCACAGCUGUGCCUCUCCUGCCUCACAGGCAUCUACGGCUGCCGCUGGAAGCGCUACCAGCGGUCCCAUGAUGACACCACUCCGUGGGAACGCCUCUGGUUCCUGCUCCUCACCUUCACCUUUGGCCUCACACUCACCUGGCUCUACUUCUGGUGGGAAGUGCACAAUGACUACGAUGAAUUCAACUGGUACCUCUACAACCGCAUGGGCUACUGGAGUGACUGGUCUGUGCCCAUCCUCGUGACCACAGCGGCUGCCUUCACUUACAUCUCAGGGCUCCUGGUCCUGGCACUCUGUCACAUCGCCGUGGGACAGCAGAUGAACCUGCACUGGCUGCACAAGAUAGGGCUCGUGGUUGUGCUGGUGUGCACGGUGGUGGCCCUGUCAGCCGUGGCCCAGCUGUGGGAGGAUGAGUGGGAGGUGCUGCUGAUCUCCCUGCAGGGCACGGCGCCACUCCUGCAUCUCGGGGCCCUGGCUGCUGUCACCUUGCUCUCCUGGAUCGUGGCAGGACAGUUCGCCCGCACAGAGCGCUCCUCCUCCCAGAUGGCCAUUCUCUGUACCUUCCUCACCGUGGUGUUUGCCCUCUACCUGGUCCCUCUCACCAUCUCCUCUCCGUGCAUCAUAGAGGAAAAGGACCUCAGCCCCAAGCCUGCCCUCAUUGGCCACCGUGGGGCUCCCAUGCUGGCCCCAGAGCACACACUGAUGUCCUUCCGGAAGGCCCUAGAGCAGAAGCUGUAUGGAUUACAGGCUGAUGUCACCAUCAGCCUGGAUGGCGUGCCCUUCCUCAUGCAUGACGCUACCCUGCAGCGCACCACCAACGUGGAAGCAGCGUUCCCCGAGCUUGCCCGCAGGCCUGCCUCCAUGCUCAACUGGACCGUCCUGCAGAGGCUCAAUGCUGGCCAGUGGUUCCUGAAGAUGGACCCCUUCUGGACGGCCAGUUCGCUGUCGCCCUCUGACCACAGGGAGGCCCAGAACCAGUCCAUCUGCAGCCUGGAGGAGCUCCUGGAGCUGGCCAAGGGCAACGCCACGCUGCUGCUCAACCUGCGUGACCCGCCCCGAGAGCACCCCUACCGCGGCAGCUUCCUCAACAUCACAGUGGAGGCCUUGCUUCGCUCGGGCUUCCCCCAGCACCAGGUCAUGUGGCUGCCUAGCAGACAGAGGCCCUUUGUGCGGAAGGUGGCUCCUGGCUUCCAGCAGACAUCAGGCUCCAAGGAAGCGGUCACCAGCCUGCGGAGAGGCCACAUCCAGUGGCUGAACCUGCGCUACACUCAGGUGUCCCGCCAGGAGCUCAGGGACUAUGCAUCUUGGAACCUGAGUGUGAACCUCUACACGGUCAACGCGCCAUGGCUCUUCUCCCUGCUGUGGUGCGCGGGCGUCCAGUCUGUCACCUCCGACAACUCCCACACCUUGUCCCAGGUGCCUUCCCCUCUCUGGAUCAUGCCCCCGGACAAGUACUGUCUCCUGUGGGUCACCGCCGACCUGAUCUCCUUCACCUGCAUCGUUGGCAUCUUCGUGUUCCAGAACUAUCACUUGAUCAGGUGGCGCCUGGGUGGCAUACAGAGCUACAACCCUGAGCAGAUCAUGCUGAGUGCCGCAGUGCGCCGGACCAGCCGGGACGUCAGCAUCAUGAAGGAGAAGCUCAUCUUCUCAGAGAUCAGUGAUGGCAUGGAGGUCUCCGAUGAGCUCUCUGUAUGUUCAGACAACAGUUACGACACAUAUGCUAACAGUACGGCCACCCCUGUGGAGCCCCGAGGGAGUGGCAGCCGAGCCAAGACCCUCAUAGACCAGAGGAGGCGUUAGCUGAAGACCUGUCUGUCCCAGCCUGCACUUGACAUGGAGAUCAGGGAACCCAAGAGUGCUGGCAGAAGCGCAUCUGGACUCGGAGUGCCCAGGGAGCUGGCUCCACAGCUGCCUCUUUGGCCCCAACUCCUGGCCAGCCAUGGUCUCUCUUGGAGGGGGCUCCCCUCUCCCCUGAGGCCCAGCAGGACCAGGACUCCAGACUCACAUGCCCCUGCAGUGCUGGGAUACCUCCUGGGAAGUUGAAGGCCUCAGGCCUAGUCCUCCCUCUGAGGCCCUCCCUUGAGCAUCCUGACUUGGAAACUUCAAUGGGUCACUGGGCCAUGCCAUGCCCUCCAGGGCAAUGGAAGAUAUGAAUGCCCGUAUGUGUCCAUCCUCCUGUCUAUGCUGUGAGGCAGCCGACUUCUCUGUGUUCUCCUGCCUCACGGACCUGGGCUGAGUCCUGCCCCAGCAUCUCUGCUCUUCACAUCAGACCCAAAGCACAAGGAGGUUUGGCCAGGAGGACAGACUGCUGCAGUGGUGGAGACCCUCCCCCGACCAGCCUCCCACCACUGCAGGCCUUGCCCCAGGAGAGGGCCUGAGCUGUGUCCGCUGGAGUACCUGGAGAUGGCCAGAAGAGGCUCAGAGCUUCUCAAUCCCAGGCCCUGGGACAGAGUGGCCCUGGAGGUCCAGGAGAUCACAGGCUGACAGCACCUCAGGUUCCCACGUCAGAGGCCAUAUGGCAGGGGCCACCUCGGAAGAGUAUUCUGGGCAGGGUCAAGGGUGGGUGUAUUGCCAAGGAGGGCUACAGUGGAGCGAGCCUGAGGGGCCUUGGCCAAGAUGAUUAAAGCUGCCAUCUUGACUUGUGUCCUUCCU